AACUUGACUUCCGAGGGCGGGCAUUCCAAUGUUACGUCAUUUUGCUGCGUCGGCGGGAAAGGUUGCUGGGUGCAGUGGCGCCAGCAUCGUAUUUAAUGUAUGAAAAGACAAUGGCCAACAGGAGGAAAGAAGCCGCGGACGUGGAAGGGGAUGAGGCCAAGAAUGCAGACAUGGAGGACGAGGAGGGAGACGAUGGGAACAGGAGGCAGCUCAGACAUCAUUACAGGGAACUCAUGCAGAGCAUGCAGAAUAACAGAGAGGAUAUGCUGAGCUCCAGAAGCAACAAACUUACAGAAACUCUUGAGGUGGCCAACAAACUGUUUGAAGGAGUAUCCCGUGCCAGAGAAGCAGCACUUGAUGCCCAGUUCCUAGUAUUGGCAUCAAACCUUGGGAAGGAAAAAGCCAAUCAACUUCAUGCUGACAUGACUGUAUUUGACCCAACAUCAUUUGCAGAAGACCUGCUCUCAUUUAUGGGUCUAAAUCGCUUGGAAAAUCCUAAUAGUGAUAGUGAAGAUGAAGGUUUCGCCAGAGGAUUUUUACCAUCGGAUGCCUGGGAGAAGCUCGGAACUGAGGCAGAUAAAUACUUCAAAAGGACUACAACAUUUCAUUAUAUGUUGGGCUCAUUCAAAACUGAACCUCCGGUUGCCCGUCCACGAAUUGAAAGACAGAGAAAGAACAAGGUGGAGGAAACACGAGCUAUGCCUGCACAGUUGAAAAAAAUGGAGGAAUCUCAUCAAGAAGCCACAGAGAAGGAAGUAGAAAGAAUUCUGGGAUUCCUACAAGAGUACUUUAAUCAAGAUCCCGAUGCACCCAUUUCCUUUUUCGAUUUUGUAAUUGAUCCAAAGUCCUUUGCUCGUACGGUUGAAAACAUUUUUCACGUGUCUUUCAUUAUUAGGGAUGGAUUUGCAAGAAUAAAACUGGACAGUGACAAGCUUCCAAUAAUAGAGCCCAUACCUCAGAAUGGUAGUGAAAGAAUUGAUAAAGACAACCAGCCCCGCUAUCAGAACGUUGUAUCACUCAGCCACCAGGAAUGGAUGGACAUUGUAAAAACAUUUGAGAUAACAGAACCUAUGAUUCCUCCUCCAAGCUGAGUGAUUGUUCAUGCGCUGUAUGUUUUACUACCUCAUUCCUAAGGCAAAUUUGUUUUAUAUAUCUGUAAAUUGUUGAAAAUGUAUUAUAGCAUUAAAACACCUGUGUAAUCUAUUUUUUUAUUUAAAAAAGUUGUGUGUGUGUAGAGUGACAUUCUCCUAUCUCUCCAUGCACAUACAUUUAAACCUUCUUAAUAUAGGUGUACAUAUUUAUAUAUAGACAAUUUUAAAAUGUAUUGUUAUGAGUACCAUACCGUACAUAGUAAAGAUCUAGUUUUUCUUG